GGUUCGGGUCAGGUGCUGCAGGGCUGAGAGGAUAAAAAGCGGCUGGGAGAGACUCCGCAGCUGUUAAUAGAUUGAGAGGAGGAACAGACCUGCUCGUCAAAGAUGAAGUGGUUGCUAGCUGCGUUUGCUGUGUUCGUCCUGGUGUCCACCAGCCACUGUGCGGAUGACAGUGUCGUGUGGUGUUAUCACCUAGACUCUUGCAAUUACACCAGGUGGCCGACCAUUGCACCUAAUUUCUGCAAUCGCUCGCGACAGUCGCCUAUUAACAUCGUGACAGCAGACGCAACAGUUGACGCCAGCCUGACUGACUUCACCUUCACGAACUAUGACAGCACCACCGCCAUGACGAUUAUUGAGAACACUGGAAGGACAGUCAAAGUUCUGCUUGCAGAUGGAGUAAAAGUCUCAGGAGGAGGUCUGAAUGAGACCUAUGAUGCCCUGCAGUUCCACUUGCACUGGGGUAAUGGCACCAUGAGCCCUGGCUCUGAACACACUGUGAAUGGCAAGCGCUACCCCAUGGAGUUGCACAUUGUUCAUGUCAGGGAAUCCUUUAACAAGAACACGACUCUGGCUGUUGCAAACGGUACUGGUCUGGCUGCUCUUGGCUUCUUCAUUGAGGGAACGUCAGGCAAUAGCACAGGGCUACCUGAAGCCUGGAAAAACUUGACUGAGUUACUGAGUCAAAUCCAGACCCAAGGCAAAAAUGCUUCAAUACUAGCUGGCUUUUCAUUGAAUGAUAUCCUGGUAGGAGUGAAUCGCUCCAACUACUGGCGCUACCUUGGUUCCUUGACCACACCUAACUGUAAUGAGGCUGUGGUUUGGACUGUGUUCAAGGAGACAAUCAAAGUCAGCAGAGAUAUUAUUAACCUCUUUGGCACAACAGUACUCAUCGGUAACAGCACAUCAGAGAAAAUGAUAGAUGUCUUCAGAGGAAUCCAGCCGGCACAAGCUGUCACCACUACCGGCUCUGGCACCAGCAGUGCCUCGAAGGCAUGCUACUCACUCGGGCUGAUGGCUCUUGGCCUCGCUCUGGGGAGGCAUUAAAAGCCAAAGAAAGAGAAUUGAGCUACUUACCUGUACAACUUAUCUAAUUUGGGAACAUGAAGUAUGCACUGAACUAUUUAUCAUUAGCUCCUUGAGUUCAGUCUGCAGGAGGCCUGUCACAACUCAGAAAACCUGAGCCUUAAUGCUAGAAGAACCUUGUUGCUUUCCUCUGUAGCUUUAAAUAUUCAUAAUGUUGUCAUGAUAAACUGGAGACAAACUGAAUGUGAACAUGGUCUUAUGUGGAUGUUUGCUGUAUUAUUCCAGGUGAUGAUAAGCUGUAACAAGUUAGCCAUAAUUAGGUUUUUGAUAGUUGUAUUUAUGCUCUUGCUUAUAUUUUUACAAAUCAUAACGAGUGCUGACAUUCAUUUUGUUACAGCUUGGACAUGGCUCAUGUCUGCUUUGAGCUGCUGAAGCUAUAUUCAGAGAGGGAUGCACUUUAAUUUUACCCACAUGGAUGCUGAAUAGUAGUUUUUGAUGUGCAAUUUAAGCGUAAGAAUAUUUAAAGCUGGUAUGAAGGUUAAAACUCAGUCUUUACCAAAUACAAUGCAUGUGUGUUUUUUAGUUACUUUGGCUUGAUUUAGCUUUGUUUUUUUCAGUGCAGAAAGAAACACUAUGUUGCCAAAUGCAAACACUUGUUUUCUAGCCCUGUUGCCUCUUUCAGUCAGUGUAAUGAAGGAUUGACAUAUCAAAGAGCACCAUUAUUUAUCACCAACAACCUGUAUAACGUCACCCUGUGUUGCACUACUUGCACAUGUAACAGAACUGUGACCUUUUGUGAGAUGUUUCUAAAUUAAAAUGAUUUCAUGUCA